GGGCCAGACAUCUAAAAUGGGAGGCAAGCUGAGCAAAAAGAAGAAGGGAUAUAAUGUGAACGACGAGAAGUCCAAAGACAAGGACGCCAAAGCGGAGGGCGGCGCGGCGGAGGAGAGCGAAGCUCCCAAAGAAAACCAGGAAGAGAGCGCCGCCGCCGACGCUAAAGACGUGGCUAACGAUACGGCGGCUAAAGACGCCCCGGCCCCAGACGCUGCGGCUAAAGCGGACGAGAAGAAAGAAGAGGCUAAAGCCGCUAACGCCGAGCCCGCCGCAACCGAGGAGAAACCGGCCGCUAAAGCUGAGGAAAAACCAGCCGCCAAGGAGCCCGAGGCCAAGACUGCGCCACCUGCUGCAGCGGAGGGCAAAGACGAGGCCAAAAAGACUGAGGCCCCCGCGGCACCAGCCACCAAAGCUGAGCCCAAGCCCACGGAGGCAGCACCCGCUAGCGCGCCCGCCAACGCUAAAGAGGCUAGCUCCACACCAGCCGCAGAGCCCCCCGCCAAGGACGCCAACGCCACAGAGGCGCCGAGCAAGGAUCAAACCGUAGCAGUUCAAGAUUAAUGGACAGCUCUUUUGGGAAAUUGAAGUCAACAAUGUCAAACAAAAAUCUGAAGAUGAUUAAGUCGCCCAUGCAUAUUCUGAUCGGAGAUUAACAAUAAUAAUAAUAAUGUUCAGAUAUGUGGAGACAACUGGACUCGAGACACCACCUAGAGGAGAACCCGCACACUGCUGCACAUGGGACUAUUGCUAUUAUUAUUGUUAGCUUUUACUUCUUUUCUGAUGUAGUAUUUGAACUUUGGUACGAGUCUGUUUUGAGCUUUUCAUUUUUUCCAUUUCCAUCCAUGACCUUCCCCCCAAACGUCCCUCCAAAACCGACCACAGGCACACGAACCCAACGCUCUCGUCAACUUGAGAAACCAAGUUCGUCUAAUCUCAUCGAUAAUUGUGACCAGGGCCUUUCCAUUUGCAAAUAAAACUCUAAUGCUAAUACUGAUUUCAAAUAGUUUAUAUUUUAUUUAGGAACUGCAACGAGAAAAAAGAACAAAGUCAUAUUUCUAUAAAUAAACUUUAAAACACGCAAGCAUGAAAAUAUUUGUACUAUUCUUGAAACGUGAUGAUGAUUCUUUGUUAAUAUUAUACUAAUAAUGCAUUCUGACGCAUGAAUCUUCUUAUAAUCAACCCGAAUUAUUUAUUAAAUUCUGUACCAAUCUUGACGUAUUUUUCAGUUUUUGCAAAUUCUAAUGCAAUAUUUCUAGAUCUAGUUUCCUUCACGGCGAGGUGACCGUCAUCUACUCCGACUUUUCACGCAUAAGUUUGACUCAAGUCUGUGGCACAUAUUCUUUUUCUUCAUCUCUCUUUUCAAAUAUUUCCUUUUUCUGAACGUUUUCUUCAAAGUCCAGAUUUCCACGUCUUUACCAGCAGUAUUCAUCUCUAGAAUAACUUUUAUUUUAUACUCUGAAAAUUAUGAUAUCGUCAAAAACAAAACACACCUUUGGCACUAAACCAAAUGUAGACCAAUAAAUCAGAGGUAGACAUUUUUCAAAAGAGAUUUUUUAUGAAAUCAUUAAAGUAGAUUUUUAAUAUUUGUAAUUAAAUCUACAAAUCCGUUCUGUCUUUUACAAAAAAAAAUACAAGAUUUUUUAAGUAGAUCUUUUAACAUUUACCUAGAACUUAACUUUGCACAUUAGUUACAUAAAUUAAAAACGUCUAAAUUUAGCACAAUACAAAUUUUGGAGAUACCAGUUGAAAAGUUCACAUUUGCCAAGGACUAUUUGAGUACGAAUCUCGCUGCUUAGCCCCAGAUCUUUGCGCCUGUGUGGUAUCAGCGACAUUCCACAUCACAAAGGCCUGUUUAUUUAGCGAAACCUCUGGAAAUCCGAAAGAAUUCCCUCAUUUUCUCAUCCAUGUUCACCUCCUCCUCCUCCUGCGUCCCUCACAGCACAUAUGGACUGCACACGUGGGCGGCUGCACUGUAAAAAAAAAAACGCGCUCAGAACUGCAUGGAAUCCUUUAGGUCCUUAAUCUGUUCAGCAGAGGUGGGCAGGACUCGUCUACGUUACAUUUACUCGAGUGUUUUUAGUCCUACUCGAGUCAUUUUUAUUGAUUUGAACGUUUGUGUUUCUUGCUCCGCUCCUUCAGAUAACGUUUGGUUUUUCACAUUUUUGUGGUUCGUCCUUUGAAAACAUUUUGUGGAUUAUUUCAAAUACACCAACUUCAAAUUCUAAAUCAAAAUGUCACGUCCAGACAGUUUUCCUAGAGUAGUAGUCUGUCCCCAAAUACAGACUAAUACAGUGUACUUCUGUUUAAGUAAAAAAUAGUAACAAUUCUGAAGUAGCAGUACUUUUAAUCAAGUACAAUUUUGGCUUAUCUGCCCACCUCUGCUCUUCAGCCAGUACAAAAUACAAAAUGCUAUUUAUACAACACAAUACUAGUAGUAUAUCCCCAAAUACAUCGUCAUUUCUUGGACCUUUACUUUGUACUUUUACUUCAGUAAUAAGUAAUUAUUUUGAAGUAACAGUACUUUCAUUCAAGUACAAUUUUGGGUUUUCUACCCACUUACAAUACUAGUAGUUUAUCCCCAAAUACAUAGUCAUUUCUUGGACCACUACUUUGUACUUCUACUUGAGUAAUAAGUAAUAAUUUUGAAGUAACAGUACUUUUACUCGAGUACAGUAUUGGCUUCUAUACACACACUUCUGCUAUUCCGUCAAUACAAAAUACAAAAUGCUAUUUAUACAACACAAUACUAAUAGUAUAUCAUCAAAUACAUCGGAAUUUCUUGGACUACUACUUUGUACUUGUACUUGAGUAAUUGUUUUGAAGUAACAGUACUUUCAUUCAAGUACAAUUUUGGGUUAUCUACCCACUUCUACUAUUCAGUACAAUACUAGUAGUAUAUCCCCAAAUACAUUGUAAUUUUUUGGACUACCAUUUUGUACUUCUACUUGAGUCAUUUUGAAGUAACAGUACUUUUAUUAGAGUACAAUUUAGCUUAUCUUCCCACUUUUACUAUUCAGUCAAUACAAAAUGCAAUUUAUACAAUACAAUUCUAGCAGUACAUCCUCAAAUACAUUGUCAUUUUUAUGGACUACUACUUUGUAAUUCUACUUGAGUAAUUAUUUUGAAGUAACAGUACUUUCAUUCGAGUACAAUUUUGGGUUAUCUACCCACUUCUACUAUUCAGCACAAUACUAGUAGUUUAUCCCCAAAUACAUAGUCAUUUCUUAGAUCAUUACUUAGUACUUCUACUUGAGUAAUAAGUAAUAAUUUUGAAGUAACAGUACUUUUACUCGAGUACAGUAUUGGCUUCUCUAUGUAUUUCUUUUAUUCUGUCAAUACAAAAUACAAAACGCUAUUUAUACAAAACAGUACUAGUAUAUCCUCAAAUUCACUGUCAUUUUUUGGACUACUACUUUGUACUUCUACUUGAAGUAACAGUACUUUUACUUGAGUACAGUUUAGCUUAUCUUCCCACUUUUCCUGUUCAGUCAAUACAAAAUACAAAAUGCAAUUCAUACAAUACAAUUCUAGCAGUAUAUCCUCAAAUACUUCGGAAUUUCUUGGAUCACUACUUUGUAAUUCUACUUGAGUAAUUAUUUUGAAGUAACAGUACUUUCAUUCAAGUACAAUUUUGGGUUAUCUACCCACAUCUACUACAGUACAAUACUAGUAGUUUAUCCCCAAAUACACAGUCAUUUCUUGGAUCAUUACUUAGUUCUUCUACUUGAGUAAUAAGUAAUAAUUUUGAAGUAACCGUACUUUUACUCGAGUACAGUAUUGGCUCUACACACUUCUUUUAUUCCGUCAAUACAAAAUUAAAAAUGCUAUUUAUACAACACAGUACUAGUAGUACAUCCCUAAAUACAUAGUAAUUUUUUGGACUACUACUUUUUAACUAUAAGUAACAAGUACUUUUUACUAGAGUACAAUUUAGUUCAUCUUCCCACCUUUCCUGUUCAGUCAAUACAAAAUACAAAAUGCUAUUCAUAAAAUACAAUUCUAACAGUAUAUCUUCAAAUACAUCAGAAUUUCUUGGAUCUUUACUUUGUACUUCUACUUGAGUAAUAAUUUCAAAGUAACAGUACUUUUACUCAAGUACAUUUUUUGACCUCUCUACCCACCUCUGCUCUUCAGUCAAUCCAAAAUACAAACUGCAAUACUCGAGCUCAUUUGGUUCCGUUCAAUCGUGCUGCAUGCUCAUUGGUCUACUACUAUUACUACUACCGCAACGCUCGCCUCCUAUUGGCCAGUCCGUUUGUGCCCGCCCCCCUUCCUCCGCCCCCUCUCCUCAGCUGGCUCUCGGGGUCGGCGGCUUUCUCCUCGGCAGAAUCCGUAGCAGCCAAACCAACCGGCGGAGCCCCCGGCCGCCGCCCCCGCAGACCCGCCCUGACUCGGUAAAUUUGCAUGUCUGUGGUUGGGUGAAUCUGUAGUCCUGUCUUUUUGGUCCCCGUGGAAACCAAACUGAUCUGAUCCGGUGUGAACGUGUGCCAGCCGGGUGCGUCCCUGCCCCGCUCACAUGGGCACGGUGCUCGUCAAAACCAAACCUGUCAAAGUGAGAUCAACAUUUGGACAUAUUGUGUGUAUUUGUAAAAAUGGUGCAACAAUAAAAUCACAACAAUUGACUCCAAA